GUUCGGGUGUGACGUACAUAUUAUGCGACCUUUUUGUGGACGAACUAAUGCCGUUCGUAUGAAGUUAGCCAGAAAGCUAAUGUUUUCUGUUAUCUUUGUGCAUGAAGCUCACCAGACAAAACCGUUUUCUCAUCUCUGAAUAAUGCUGUCAACAUGUCUGACCUGUGUUGCAGUCCCACCCACAGGAUGAUUGACAUAGAGAGAGGUGUUGGUGAUGCUGGCACUGAUGAACCCAGCAGUAAAAACAAAGAGCUGGAGAAAAAGAAGAGGUCCCGGGUCAAACAGUUGCUGGGUGACGUGAAGAGGCAGGUGGAGUUCUGGUUUGGAGAUGUCAACAUGCACAAGGAUCGCUUCCUCAGAAAACUCAUUGAUGAGUCAGAUGAUGGAUAUGUUGAUUUAUCUGUGUUGGCAAGCUUUAACAAAAUGAAGAAGCUGACAAGUGACACAAAGCUGAUCGCUAGAGCUCUAAAAAAUUCAUCCACGGUGGAGGUUAACCUGGAAGGGAAUAAGGUUAGGCGCCAGUUUCCUAUCGGAGACAUCCCAAGUGACGUGGACAGCCGUACAGUCUAUGUGGAACUUUUGCCCAAGGAUGUGAAUCACAGCUGGAUCGAGAGGGUGUUCACAAAAUGUGGGAAUGUUGUCUAUGUUAGCAUCCCGAGAUACAAGACGUCUGGAGACCCAAAGGGAUUUGCCUUUGUAGAGUUUGAGAGGGAGGACGAGGCACAGAAAGCUAUAGAGAUGCUGAACAACCCCCCCGAAGACGCUCCCAGGAAACCCGGAAUUUUCCCCAAAACAAAGAACAAGAAGCCCCUCCUUCGGCCAAGUGAUGAUCCACCAGCAGGUGAAGAAGAGGAGAAGAAAAAGAAAAAGAAGAAGAAGAAGAAAGACGGCACCACCCAACAGAUCCCCGCUGAAGAAUCAAAAGAGCAGGUGAUGGAAGCAGAGCCGUCUGAGCAAAAGAGGAAGCGCUCCACAGCAGGGGUAUUUGAAGCAGAGGCCACUAGCACUCAGAAAACACCUGGCAAAGUGUCAGAUAAAAAAAGACGACGAUCGCAAACAACAGAGGGAAGCGAGAGUGAAGUGCCGUCAAAGAUGAGAAGGGCGAGUGAAAGUGAAGGUGUCGAGCAGGGGAAUGUGACAAAGACUUACCCGUCUACCCAGAGCGACUCGGAGAGGACUGUUGAGGAAGGGAAUGAAAACAGAGAUGAUUCUACCGUGAAAGCAAAGAGGAAGCGAAAAAAGAAACACAAGGAGAAACUGAAAAUUGGAGAGGAAGUCAUCCCACUCAGGGUCCUUUCAAAGAAGGAGUGGCUCGUGUUGAAGGAUGAGUAUCUUACCUUACAGAAGCGCAGCAUGAAGUCCCUGAAGAAGUGCAUGACGAAGAUUGACCACAAGGAGCCAGAGAGUGUCAUGGACACAGACAAUGAUCCUAAAGGUGGAAAUAUUGAGAAAUGUAACAAAAGCGAAAAGGCAACUAACCAUGGCCCUCAGUUUACCAGCGGUGUCAUCAUAAAGAUCACAGACAACAAGCCGCUACCAGGAAGGAAGAUCAUUAAGGAUGGUCUGUGCAAAGUCUCACCUGUAGCGUACGUCGACAUCCUGGAUGGAGAUGCAGAGGGUUACGUCCGCUUCCACAGCCCAGAGGAAGCUAAAGCAGUCAGUGAUGCUCGAACAGAGAUACAGAGGGAGCACAGCUGGAAGCUUGAGAUUCUCUCAGGUGAUAAUGAACAAAGGUACUGGCAGAAAAUCCUUGUGGACCGCCAAGUCAAACUGAAUCGUCCAAGAGAGAAGAAGCGGGGCACAGAGAAGCUCAUAUCAAAAGCAGAAAAAAUCAUCAUCGCUCGGGCCAAAGAGGCUAACAAGCACAUCCGUUUCCAAGAAGACUGACCGCUGCUGAAACCACCUGAAAUGUGGGCUGAAGUAGACUUAACAUGAUGUAAUUUGAAGGGGAGAGGCUGUGUUUAUUUGUUAAUAGCUAAAGGAGAUCUGAAUGGAACCUGGAACAGGGGUAAACUUGUCAAAAUGUCCCCCUUUCAUUUCUUUUAAAUGUUUGCACUGGAGCCCCUUAGGUUAUGUGGAGCGCUGGUUUGCAUUUUGACAGUUUAAAAAAAAUUAUUUUUUAAAUUGAUAACUUUUGUUUUUAUUUUCGAAGAAGACUCUGUAUAGCAUGUAAAUAUGAUCAUUUGAAAGUUCUCCCAAUCAAGACAAGUCAGGGCAUUUCCUUUUGAAGAAAUUUGCCUUUUUGUUUUUUAAUAAAUUAUCAUAAUUUGAUACAA